GUGAAUCCUUAACGCCAUUUUCAUUUUGACUGCAAGAAAGCGUCAAGCUGAUCCUCCAAAAAAAUUACACACUGGACGUUUAACUCCUCCCCUCCAACUGACAGUCUGCUGACAACACUUGUGACACUACUGUCCAACACUGCUGAAAGCUGAUGCAGGAUACACACAUGCUUCUGCAGUGAUAUGAGCAGUUGAUCUAAAGACACUGACUGUCCUCAGUGCAGAAAGAAAUCUAGAACGGACCCUGUAUGAGAUUCACAUAACCAAGUCAUGGAUGCUGCUGAAAUGAUCUGUGACGACCAACAACCAGAUGAUGAUCACUAUAAUGAUGUUCUGCCGAGAGUCAAAGACAUUCACAAAACCAGCAUGAAGAACAAGUAUGAAAGUUUAUUUGAGGGAAUCCAAGUCCAGGAGAAUAAAACCCUGCUGGACAAGAUUUACACACAACUGUACAUCAUAGAGGGAGAAAGUGAAGGAGUGAAUGUAGAACAUGAGGUGUUACAGAUCGACAAGGAACCAAAGACACUGAAACACUGUAAAUCGAUCCACUGCAAUGACAUCUUUCAUCUCUCACCUGAAUCCAGAUGUGAUGAAGAAAGAAAAAAUGGGAAAGGAAAGAUUAAGACCGUUCUUACUAAGGGCAUCGCUGGAAUCGGUAAAACGGUCUCUGUGCAGAAGUUCAUUCUGGAUUGGGCAGAGGGAACAGCCAAUCAGGAUGUAGAUUUCAUGUUUGUGCUUCCAUUUCGAGAGCUGAACUUGAUUCGAGACGACCGCUACAGUCUUCACAAACUCCUGCUUGACUUUCAUCCUGAACUUCAAGAUCUGCACCAAAAGAUUUAUGAGGGGUGUAAAGUUGUGUUCAUCUUUGAUGGUCUGGAUGAAAGCAGAAUUCAGCUGAAGUUUGCAGACGGUGAGAAAGUUUCUGAUGUGGCUGAGACUUCAUCCGUCGGUGUGUUGAUGUCAAAUCUGAUCAAAGGAGACCUGCUUCCAUCUGCUCUCAUCUGGAUCACCUCCAGACCAGCGGCAGCCAAUCAGAUUCCCUCUAAAUACAUCACACGUGUGACAGAAGUCCAGGGGUUCAAUGACGCUCAGAAGAAGGAAUAUUUCAGGAAGAAGAUCAGCGAUCCACAACAAGCGAGAAAAAUCAUCUCCCACAUUAAAACUUCAAGAAGCCUCCACAUCAUGUGUCACAUACCGGUCUUCUGUUGGAUCUCAGCCACUGUGCUUCAGAACAUCCUGAAACACCAUCACGAUGCAGAAAUCCCUAAAACUCUGACUGAAAUGUACAUUCACUUCCUAAACGUUCAGAUAAAUGUGAAAAGUCAGAAGUACGAUGAGAGAGACGAGAAAGAUCCAGAGAAACUCCUGCAGUCCAACAGAGAAGUGCUUCUGAAACUAUCGGAACUGGCGUUCAACCAGCUGAUGAAGGGCAAUGUGAUGUUUUAUGAGGACGACCUGAGAGAGUGCGGCAUCGAUGCCGCUGAAGCUGUGAGAUAUUCUGGGAUGUGCACACAGAUCUUUAAGGAGGACUCUGUGAUUUAUCAGAAGAAGGUUUACUGCUUCAUACAUCUCAGUUUUCAGGAGUUUCUCGCUGCGUUUUAUGUGUUUCACUCACAUUUAAUAACCACAACCGAGGCAUUGAAGAUCUUCGAUACGCUUCAAAAUUUACUUAAAGGAGCCGUAGAGAAAGCCCUGGAGUGUGAGAACGGACACUUGGAUCUUUUCUUGAGAUUUCUGCUGGGUAUCUCACUGGAGUCCAAUCAGAGACUGUUACAGGGUUUACUGACCCACACAGAGAAGAGCGCAAAGAGCAUCCAGAAAACUACGACAUACAUUAAAAACAAAAUCAAAGAUGGAUGUGGUCUAUCAGCUGACAGAUCUAUCAAUCUGUUUCUUUGUCUGUUUGAAAUGAACGAUCGGACGCUGUACACCGAGAUUCGAGAGUUUCUGAAAUCAGAGGGAAACACAAGACAUCGAAUCUCUGCAGCACAUUGUUCAGCGAUUGCCUACAUACUUCAGAUGUCAGAGGAGGUGCUGGAUGAACUCGAUCCUAAAAAAUACAACACAUCUGAAGAGGGUCGAAGGAACCUGUUACCAGCCCUGAGAAACUGCAGGAAAGCACUACUGACUGGCUGUAAUCUUACGGAUCAGUCGUGUGAAAUUGUGGCUUCAGCUCUACGGCCAUCAAACUCUCCGCUGAGAGAGCUGGACCUGAGCAACAAUGACCUGCAGGAUUCAGGAGUGAAGAUCCUCUGUGCCGCACUGGACAAUCCACACUGUCCACUGGCAAUACUGAGGUUAUCAGGCUGUUUAGUGACAGGGGAAGGUUGUGCCGCUCUGGCUUCAGCUCUGAGAUCAAACCCGUCACAUCUGAGAGAGUUGGAUCUGAGCUACAAUCAUCCUGGAGAGACAGGAGUUCAGCUGCUAUCUGCUCUACUGGAGGAUCCGCACUACAAACUGGACAAACUCAAUUUGGAUUAUGGAGAGCCCCUCAGAAUCACACCAGGAUUACAAAAAUAUGCAAGUGAUUUCACUCUGGACCCAACCACAGCACACAAUCUGCUCAUUCUGUCUGGCGGAAACAAAAAGGUGACGUGUGUUGAAGAGGAGCAGUCAUAUCCCGAUCAUCCGGAGAGAUUUUUGCUCUUUGAGCAGGUUAUGUGUAAGGAGAGUCUGUCCGAACGCUGUUAUUGGGAAGUGGAGUGGAACGGCUGGAGUCACAUAUCAGUGACAUACAAAGGAAUCAGAAGGCACGGAGGGACGUUCUGUAGAUUUGGACUGAAUCAGAUAUCCUGGAAUCUUUACUGCUGUGACAGCCUUUACUCCGCCUGGCACAAUUUUGAGACCACCGAUAUACCCGCCCUUUCACCACUCUGCAACAAAGUAGGAGUGUAUGUGGACCGGUGUGCCGGGACUCUGUCCUUCUACGCCGUCUCCGACACACACAGGCUCACACACUUACACACGUUUCAUUCCACGUUUACUGAGCGCCUUUAUGCUGGAUUUGGGCUAUAUCAUGGCUCCACAGUGUCUCUGUGUUAG